AUUCGUUCAUGUCAUGUUUUAUUAAUAACUUUAAUAAGAUUCAGCACGAAGCAGUAGUUAUAAUGCCAAACCUGGUUGUUAAUGUAAUUUAUUGAAUUCUGUUUCAUCAAAUAUAAUACUGGUAUUGUGUCCUUUCUCAAUAUUCGUUCCAUGAAAAGAGGCAUAAAGGUGCAUUUAAUAAGUACAACGGAAAUUUCGUAGGCAACCGGCUUUUUGAAACUUCAAAUGCAUGUGCCGACUGUAUUUUGAUAGUGACAAGUAUUUCAAGAUUCAAAAUGUACAAGAUAGAUAAUCAGUUAGUGUAAAUUUUAUAUUGCCAAAGACACAAGUAUUUAUGGACUAUUUGUAAAAUUUUUCAAGGAAGCACAUUGUGAUACUUUAUUAAGAACCUGAAGGUUAACCAUUUCAAAUAAACAAGAUGAUGCAGAUGAACAAAAAAGGAUGCAAAGAAUUGUUGAUGCAGAGGAUGUUCUUAGCUAUCAUCAGCAGUAUAAUUAUGCAAUUCUUCCUCGUGUGUUGUUUACUUUUAAUUACAAAUAUGAACAUGGAUUAUACAUCAUGGAUCCAAAAUACAUGGGCAACAGUAACCUCAUUUAGAAUGUGGAGUUAUUUUUGUGUUCUUGCCAUUGUUACAUUUUUUCAAGGAAUCAUCUGUAGCAAAAAUUAUUCAAAUACUCCACCUUACCUGAAAAGCAGAUUUAUAAAAUUCUAUGGAAUAUUCACAUCUCAGAACCUUUUAUUAGGUACUCUGUAUAUUAUAAUUGGUGGCCUCCUUGUUUGGCUACAUUUGUCACUUAAAGGAGGCGCUUACAAAUUUUUAACAACAGAAUGUAAAAUAAUCUAUGGGACUUGUUUAAUAGAAAAACAUUACUUUCUCUUUAUAAGUGGACUGUGGAGUGGAUUAUACUUUUUCUUGAAAACUAGUAUUUUCCAUGUGAAGUACUUAAAAUUUCCUAUUAUAUCUCUAUCAAAAUUCUCUCAGUUUAAGAGAGAAGUAUGUUCAUUGCUCCCAUCAUUAAUGGCAACCUCUGUAUGGCCAACUUUGUAUUACUUAAUUGGUUAUUAUUUCUUGGGUCUCUAUUGUCGUUCCAUGAUAUUAUUCCUGACAUCUGCACAAUUAGAAAGCGAGCCAUUAGAUAGCAUUCCUGAAUUGCUGAAUUUAUCAUUGAUUUUUCAGUUGUGGUUGUAUCAACUGAUAUUUGUACUGACAAUCGACAGCAUGUAUCUAUUGUUUGAAUUAUACUUGACAGAAUGGGUACCUUUUGAAUUUAAACAAAGUAAUGCAUUUCAUAGCGAUAACUCUGGUAUAACGCUUCCCGAAGCAUUGUCUAUGGAUAAAGUUCCGAUAAUGCAACAUCUAGGCUAUUUGGAUUUAGUCACUUUGGCGCAAAAAGACAAAAUGAGGAGAAGUAUAUUAUUCACUCUGAGCCAACCUGGUGGUCAUCCUUACAAUUGGAAUUGUAUUCUUGAAAAAUCUAUCGGUCUCGUUAAAAAAUUUGCCGAUGACCUCAGUGCAGCAUGCGUGAAAGUUCAGGAACCAUUGACCUUCAAUGUUUCAAGUACAGCAACAAUGACUAGUACUAGUACAUUUCAAAAGGAAUAUGUAUAUCAUAUGAGAAGCUUAGUAAGGCAAGAAAUGCCAAUAUCUAUGGGAGAAACAGAUGUAAAAAAAGAUGUUGACAAUGAAUUGUUUAUUCAAAAAUUUAUAAAAACAAAAUGGAACAAUUUUCUCACAUAUUUGCUAUCUAAGCCGCUUAUUUUUUAUGUAUUUGGUGAAAUAGAAGGCGGUAAAGUGUGUCACAUCUUAUUCAAUGGACAGUCGGCGAUUUGGGCUGCAGAAGCAAUUUCUUCCUUAGCUGUGUUAUCGUUAAGCGAAGAUCCUUAUGGAAUUGUCCAAAAAGAUUUACCGCUUAUAAUACAUACUUUAUUUGCAUUAAAACAAGCUCUUGAUAAAUUGCAAAAGUCAAAUAUCAUGAUUAAAAGACAGGAUGGAGAUGAUCAAUUUAUUAAACAAAUGUUUAAUUCAUUACGAGCCGCAACGAAACGAAGUAUUUACAGAAUUAUUACAAAUUUUGAAGCUUAUAUCGGAGAUCUGUCGCUAGAACCGACAAUAAACGAUCAACUAAAUAGUUUUCUUGCUUAUAAAGAAUAAUUCUUAUAGUUAAAAAAUGAAUUUUUAUG